AUGGAUGCAGUUGACAAUGCGAACGAUGUCAUCUGGCAGAUUGGCGUCUUUGACGCUCAUUGCCAUCCAACCGAUAUCAUGGCCUCAAUCAAGGACAUCGCCAACAUGAAAGCGAGGGUCCUUACUAUCAUGGCCACGAGAUCAGAAGACCAGGAUAUGGUCCGAGAUACUGCAAGGCAAUACCCUCUGAAAGAUUCGACUUGGAACGCUAGAAAUCCAUCCUCGAGAUACGUGGUACCUGCGUUUGGAUGGCACCCUUGGUUCUCGCACCAAAUAUACGAUGAUGUCAAGGAGGAUAUCCAUCCCGACCAGGUUGAUCACUACCAAACUGUCCUGACUCCGACGCCGGAUGAUGAUGAGUUUUUGAAGGCUCUGCCUGCUCCGCGAUCGCUUCGUCAGUUUCUCCAGGAGUUGGAAGAGAGACUGGCCGAAUUCCCAUAUGCGUUGGUCGGGGAGGUGGGCUUGGAUCGUUCAUUUCGACUGCCACAGGGCCCAAGUGCCAUGACCGGUGACAUGAAGAACAAGACGGGUUGUUCAGACAAGGACUACACCCCCGGCUCGCGUGAAGGGAGACCGCUUUCGCCUUAUCGCGUGAGUAUUGAUCACCAAAAGGCGGUCGUGAGGGCUCAGUUCGAGCUUGCGGCAAAGCUACAGCGCCCUCUUUCUGUGCAUAGCGUCCAAGCCCAUGGCUUAAUCUUUGAACUUAUGCAAUCCAUGUGGAAGGGCUAUGAGAAGCCAUCAAAAAAAGAAAGAAAGAGAGCGAUGGACGCUCCAAAUGCCCAUCAGGGCCAGGACUUCCCAAAGGGCCGUAACCAAGAAAAACGUCCUUCUUACCCGCCACGGGUAUGCAUGCACUCCUAUUCCGGGCCCCCGGAUGCACUGAGGCAAUUUCUCGCGCCUACUGUCCCAGCGGAGGUCUACUUCUCCUUCUCGACGGCGAUCAAUUUCUCAAAUGCGUCGACAGCAAAGGUCACCAACGUCAUCAAAGCGGUGCCAGACGACAGGAUACUUAUUGAGAGUGACUUACAUUGCGCUGGAGAAACCAUGGACCGGCUUCUUCUGGAGGUCAUACACAAGGUCUGUGAGGUGAAGGGAUGGGACUUGCAACAAGGGGCUCGGCAGCUGAAAGAAAAUUGGGAAAGGUUUAUUUUUGGCGCUGCUCCUCUAGUAUAA